GCACACAGGAGGCUGAGAAGGGACUCCACAUGCAGAAGGUGAGGUCGGGGUCAGUGCGGGCCGCACUGGCCGAGCUGGUGGCCCUGCCUUGCCUCUUCACCCUUCAGCCUCGGCCAGGCAUAGCCCGAGAUGCCCCUCGGAUCAAGUGGACCAAGGUGCGGACAGCAUCCGGCCAGCGACAAGAUGUGCCCAUACUGGUGGCCAAGGACAACGUGGUGCGGGUGGCCAAGGGCUGGCAGGGACGUGUGUCACUGCCCACCUACCCUUGGCACCGUGCCAAUGCCACACUGCUGCUGGGGCCACUGAGGGCCAGUGACUCCGGGCUGUACCGUUGCCAGGUGGUGCGGGGCAUCGAGGAUGAGCAGGAUCUGGUGCCCUUGGAGGUGACGGGUGUUGUAUUUCACUAUCGAGCUGCCCGGGACCGCUAUGCGUUGACCUUUGCUGAGGCCCAGGAGGCCUGCCGUCUUAGCUCAGCCACCAUUGCAGCUCCACGGCACUUGCAAGCUGCCUUUGAGGAUGGCUUUGACAACUGUGAUGCAGGAUGGCUCUCUGACCAUACUGUUCGGUAUCCUAUCACCCAGUCCCGUCCUGGUUGUUAUGGUGACCGUAGCAGCCUUCCAGGAGUGCGUAGCUAUGGGAGGAGGGACCUACAGGAACUCUACGAUGUGUACUGCUUUGCCCGAGAACUGGGAGGCGAGGUCUUCUACGUGGGACCAGCCCGCCGUCUGACUCUGGCCGGAGCGCGUGCCCAGUGCCGCCGUCAGGGCGCAACACUAGCCUCGGUGGGGCAGCUGCACUUGGCCUGGCAUGAAGGCCUGGACCAAUGUGAUCCCGGCUGGUUGGCCGACGGUAGCGUGCGCUACCCGAUCCAGACACCGCGCCGGCGCUGCGGGGGCCCGGCCCCAGGCGUGCGCACUGUCUACCGCUUUGCCAACCGCACUGGCUUCCCGGAGCCUGCCGAGCGCUUUGACGCCUAUUGCUUCCGAGCCCACCACCCCACACCACAACAUGGAGAUUCAGAGACCCCCUCGUCUGGAGAUGAGGGGGAGGUUCUAUCAGCAGAGGGGCCUCUGGCCAGAGAACUGGAGCCCAACCUUAGGGAGGAGGAGCCGGUCACCCCUAACUUACAGGAGCCUCUGGUGUCCAGUGGGGAAGAAGAUCCCCUGAUCUUGGUGGAGAAGCAGGAGUCCCAAGAGACCUCUAGCCUUGCUCCCAAUGAUUCCACGCUGGCCUGGGCCUCCCUGCCCUCUCUAGGGACUGAGACAUGGCUGAGCACAGUGGUCCCCAGCCCCAGCAGUGAAGAGGGCACUGUGACAGGAGCCCACACAGAGACCCCCCUGGCUGGUCCCACACCCAGGAAGAGAGAGCGCUUCAAAGGGCUGAAUGGGCGCCACUUCCAGCAGCAGGAGCUGGAGCAACAGCUAGAUAAGGCAUUGGAGGCCAGCAUCCUGUCCCCUACCCUCGAGGCCACAGGGAACCAUGUGGAGCCUCUCCUGGCUACAGGAGCUGCCAAGGCCUUGGCUGACCCAAGUCCCUGGGACAUCCUGACCAAUGAGGUGGAUGGACCUGGAGCCCAUUCCCCUGGUGGUAGGAGUUCUUCCGAACCCUGGCUGUGGCUCCCUACUGCAGUCCCGCCCAGCACCCCAGACCCUAGCAGGACCCCUGACCUGGAGCUCCAGGAAGCUGAAGACCCCAGCAUGAGACCAGCUAUCUUCACCGGGCCCUGGCCCACCUCAGAGGCCCCCAACUUGGCUCUUGGCCCCAGCACCAACCCCCCGGACAGCUCCCCAGUGGCUACCUCCCAAGACCAUCCUGUCCUGGCCAUGCUGCGUGCCCCCAAACUGUGGCUCCUUUUACCCCCUACGCCUGUCCCCUCUGAGAACAGUGGAACCCAAGGGCAUGGCGAGGUCACAGCCACUUUCCCACCUGUCCCUGCCUCAGAAAUUGAAGCUAGUCACCAAGACCUCAGUAAUAAGCCAGGGGUGUCUCCCCAGCCCCCUUCCUUGAACCCCCCAAGACAGAGUGAAGAAGCCACAUCCCUGAUUCUUAGCAGCGACAGAGAAAACAGCUCCGUGCACCCCUCACAGGAAGCCAUGGACUCAGGAGCCAGAGCUCACCCUACCUCCUCUAGCACUGAUGCCAGGGAAGUUGAGGAGACCCAUCAUGCUCAGCUCAGCCAGCCUAAGCGCCCCAGCCCCAGCCCAUGGGUUUCUAUGGGUGAGAAUGUGGCAGACGUCUUCACUCUCACUGAGAUCCCUGUUGAACCCACAGGAGUUGGAGCCAGCUGGGGGUCUCAGUCGGGUGUCUUUGACCUAUCAGCCACUGGGGUGCAUCUCUACUCCCAGGCUGUGCCCUCAGGGAGCCCUGACGUCUCCUUGAUGCCUAGAGUCUCCCCAAUUAACAGAGCAGGAAACCCAAGUUUGGAGCCUCAGGCUGCUGUGGAUGGGAGAGGCAUGAAGGGCCCCACAGAUCCCAGGGCAACAGGAGACCCUCCAGAUUCCAGUGUAAUUUGGGGAUCUGGAACCCGUGUGGCUGAGGGAGUCGAAAGUUCUGUCUUGAACCUGCUGGCAACUGUGGACACAAGAGUGGUGACUUCACUCGAGUCCCUGGACCUUGAAGACAAGCUUGGGAUCCUGGCCAUGUCCACACUGGCCUCCCCAAGCUUCCAACCCACCCAGGAACAAGAGAGAACACUGGGGGCCUCAGCUCCUCCAUGGACGCCAACUGCAGCUAGCGUGGACGAGGCAGCCUCUGUUUUCUCAGGAGAGCCCAUUGCCCCAUGGGAGCCCCCUGGUACCCUGCUGCCCACCUCCCUGGGCCCUGAGGACUUGGAUCUGGAGGUCCUCAAUCCAGUUGUGGAAGACCUCUGGGAGGAGGCAGCAAGUGGAGAGGAGCCGGUACCGCCAGGGACCCCUACCAAAGGGAGCAUGGAGGAGGACCUCUCUGAUCCCUGUGAGAACAAUCCAUGCUUGCAUGGGGGGACCUGUGUGGCCAACGGUACCAUGUAUGGCUGUAGCUGUGAUCAGGGCUUCGCUGGGGAGAACUGCGAGAUCGAUAUUGAUGAUUGCAUCUGCAGCCCCUGUGAGAAUGGAGGAACCUGCAUUGAUGAGGUCAACGGCUUUGUCUGCCUUUGCCUCCCCAGCUAUGGGGGCAGUCUCUGUGAGAAAGACACAGAGGGCUGUGACCGAGGCUGGCAUAAGUUUCAGGGUCACUGCUACCGCUAUUUUGCCCAUCGGCGAGCUUGGGAGGACGCCGAGAGGGACUGCCGCCGCCGAGCUGGCCAUCUGACCAGCAUCCAUUCACCUGAGGAACAUGGCUUCAUUAACAGCUUUGGGCAUGAAAACACAUGGAUCGGCUUGAAUGACAGGAUUGUGGAGAGGGACUUCCAGUGGACGGACAACUCAGGCCUGCAAUAUGAAAACUGGAGAGAGAACCAGCCGGACAAUUUCUUCGCGGGUGGGGAAGAUUGUGUGGUGAUGGUGGCUCAUGAGAGUGGACGCUGGAAUGAUGUUCCCUGCAACUACAACCUCCCCUACGUCUGUAAGAAGGGCACAGUGCUGUGUGGACCCCCUCCAGCAGUAGAGAAUGCUUCACUUGUCGGUGCCCACAAAGCCAAGUACAAUGUCCACACCACUGUCCGCUACCAGUGUGAUGAAGGUUUUGCUCAGCACCACGUGGCCACCAUCCGGUGCCGAGGCAAUGGCAAGUGGGAUAGGCCCCAGAUCGUCUGCACCAAACCCAGACGGUACCAUCGCAUGCGGAGACACCACCACCACCACCAACACCACCACCAACAUCAUCACCACAAACAGCGUAAGGAGCGCAGAAAACACAAGAAACAUCCUGCGGAGGACUGGGAGAAGGAAGUGGGGAAUUUCUGCUGA